GAAGCUGGGAACGCCCGCUGAGGCACGCGGCCCGCCCCUCCGUCCCAUCAGCAGAGAAGUGUGAGAGGUUGGAAGGGAAACUUCCCAGCAGCAAGUGGGCUGGCAAAGUCGUGUGAAGUUGGCCCUGUGGAUUAAGAGAAGCAUCUGAGAAAGACCUGGUGAUUCUUGGCAAUCCCUGUUAUUUAGGGGAGAGGCUGGGAAGAGGCUUCAGCCAACACCAGGAAAAAACCUCCCAAACUCUGUGCAACCAAGGUUCCCACUAGGGGCUCCGGGUGGAAGGCGUGGCGAAGUCCAGCUCAGUCCAGCCAGCUUUUGUUUUGAGGUCUACAACGCAGGCUCACGGGCCUGUGGGAACACGCGCAUCCAAGCUCAGGUUGGGUGGUCUGAGGGUAGGCGGAGUGUGAGGAGCCGCAGGUGCUGGGGAUGAAUCUGCUGAGCCCUAGGACCGCAACCGACCAGGACGUGGAGGACCAGUACAGUUGGGAGCUGGCGGCCCAGAGGCCCAGCGGCCACAGCCGACACAAUCCGGACCGGCGCUCCCAGGGGCGGGGCCCGAGUUCCGGUUGGGGAUACUGGGGAGGGCGGGUUUCGGAUCAGCUUCCGGGGGCGGGGCCGAGCGCACGGGGCGGGGCUCCGGUGUCUCAGAUCCUGUACAGACUUGGCCGCCGAGCGGUUCUGCGCUCGGGAUCCGACUCCCGGCGUGAUGGAGACAGGCGCUCGGACCUCAGGCAUAUGCGGAUGACUCGGAGUGUGGACAGCGUCCAGUUCCUGCCCUUUCUCACCACGGAAGUCAAUAACCUGGGCUGGCUGAGUUAUGGGACCCUGAAGGGAGAUGGGACCCUCAUCGUGGUCAACGCAGUGGGCGCUGUCCUUCAGAUGCUGUACAUCUCAGCAUACCUGCACUACUGCUCACGGAAGCGUGCUGUGCUGCUACAGACUGCAACCCUGCUAGGGGUACUUCUCCUGGGUUAUGGCUACUUUGGGCUUCUGGUGCCUGACCCCGAGGCCCGGCUUCAGCAGCUGGGCCUCUUCUGCAGUGUCUUCACCAUCAGCAUGUACCUCUCACCACUGGCUGACCUGGCCAAAGUCAUUCAGACCAAAUCAACACAAUGUCUCUCCUUCUCACUCACCAUUGCUACCCUUCUUACCUCUGUCUCCUGGUCCCUCUAUGGGUUUCGACUCAGAGAUCCCUACAUCAUGGUGCCAAACAUUCCAGGAAUCCUCACCAGCUUUAUCCGCCUCUGCCUUUUCUGGAAGUACCCACAGGAGCAAGACAGGAACUAUCGACUCCUGCAAACCUGAGGCAGCUCACCUGAUUACUGGGCACUUUAGUGCCAAUUUGAUACCAAAGAGAGCUUCUUGUUUCAGCUGGUCCUGCUGACCAGCCCCCCAGGUGCAGUGGGUUGUGGGAAUAAGAGACAACUUUGAGAAGAGGGACCAAAGAAACAGCUUUACUUAGAUGAUCGGGUGUGACCUACGAGAUGAAAUAACUUUUGUUUUUCAGAGAGAUUAUCUUUUUUAAUUUUGGAGGUCGGGGUGAUAGCUUUAGAAUAUGCCUUAAAAUAAAGUGUUCCUCACCCCAGCCCAUUAUGGUUCCCUCUCCCUUCAUGAUACUAAACCUGCCUGCUGUGGUUAAAGGUAGAUCCAGUUAUUCUCAAGCUGAUAGAGUAGGCUCAGAAAAGGUAUCAGAAAGAACCAAAAGGUGGGAAAAACCCAGAAAGGUCUUCAAAAGAACAGAGUUUGGAUGUUAUGAAGAACGGAACUUCAAGUACUUCGUACAGGGUUAAAAAAACCCAGGAAAGUGAAAUGCCAUUUCCAUCCUGUGAGAUCUUGAGAAGGGGUCUUUGCCUCCUUUGGAGCAAAAAUCAGGAACACCAGCCUCAGGAAAAUGGUUCUUCCACUUCUGGACCUCCUGAACACUGAACCACCAAUUCCCACUGUCCAUACUCAAACGAC